GCCAGGAGCGGAGGUGGCUGGUGGGUGCUUGGGUCCACUGAAGCGUGACACCUCCGGCCCUGUUGAACGGGUGGCCCAGGGACUGGAGCCGCACCUGAGGGCUCUUGCUCCCCCUUUCACCCUACGCCUCGCUGUGCUUCGGUCCCAGCGCCAUCCCUCCCCGCGAGGGCCCGUCUGGGUGUCCACGCUGGACUGCCCGUGUCCCUUUUGCCGGGGUGCACAGGCCGGCGGCCAUGGCCGAUGAGAAGACCUUCCGCAUCGGCUUCAUCGUGCUAGGGCUUUUCCUGCUGGCCCUCGGCACGUUCCUCAUGAGCCACGAUCGGCCCCAGGUCUACGGCACCUUCUAUGCCAUGGGCAGCGUCAUGGUGAUCGGGGGUGUCAUCUGGAGCAUGUGCCAGUGCUACCCCAAGGUCGCCUUCGUGCCCGCUGACUCUGACUUCCAGGGUGUCCUGUCCCCGAAGGCCCUGGGCCUGCUGGAGAACGGGCUUGCUGCAGACGUGAGGAGCCCCCAGCCCCCCUACGUCAGGCUGUGGGAGGAAGCGGCCUACGACCAGAGCCUGCCCGACUUCAGCCACAUCCAGAUGAAGUUCAUGAGCUACAGUGAGGACCCCCGCCCGCUUCUGGGCCCCAAGCUGGGAACCAGUGGCGGGGAAGGUGGUGCUCGGGACGUUCAGGCCUGGGCGGAGGCUGCUGUCGUCGUCCACAGGGGCUCGGAGGAGAAUGAGGGGGAGAGAGAACCGACCCAGAGCAGGCCCGGCCCCCCAGCCUGUCCCCAGGGCCCUGCACCCUUGGCCUCCUUCCAAGAUGACCUGGACGUGGGCUCCAGCGAAGACAGCAGCCCCAACCCAUCUCCGCCCCACCCCCCACCACAGGAGCCCCGGGCCUGCUGGUGCCCGCUGGACCGCUACAGCGACUUUGCCCUGAUCGACGCCAACAUGGCGGAGGAUGUGCCCCAAAGAGGGCAGCAGCAGGAGGUGGCCCUGCCCAACAACUGGCAGAGGUCCCCAGGGACAAAGGAGGAGGAGGAGUCUUCAGACCCAGGCACGGAGGAGCCUGAGGAGGAGGAGGAAGACUUGUACUAUGGGCUGCCAGACAGCCCUGGGGACCCCCUCCCAGAUAAGGAACUCGGCUUUGAGCCCAAUGCCCAGGGCUGAGAUGGAACUGGAACCACUGCUAACCCCAUGUGACCUCAUAGGCCUCAGUUUCCCUAUCUGCAAAAUGGGAGCACAUAGAGGUUCAAAUGAGACAAUGGACCUGAGAGCAUUUUGAGAACUGUAAAGAAAUGCACAGGGACCAGAGGUGGCUCACACCAGUAAUCCCAGCACUUUGGGAGGCCGAGGGGGGAGGAUCUCUUCA